AUGCGGCAGACUAAGUAUGACUUGCUGCUGACUGAGCUUGGCGAGGAGCGGAUGAAGAUGAUUGAGGACGAUAUGGGUGAGUUGGAGGGCAGAAUGCGGGAGUGGAGUGCGAAGAAAAUUGCAGAUGCAGGUGGAAUUGAGAAGUGGAAUGCAUUGCCCGCUGCUGAGCGUGCUGCUUGUGAUCUGGCCACGACGACAGCGAUGGUCCAAGGACUGGGGGUGGAGGAGCUAGCGUCAAUGGAUGAGGGCGAAAGGAACCUCUUGACAGUGUGGGUGUGGACGGGAUGCUGUAUGCAUAAGGAUCAGAAUUCCUUCAAGGGCGGAAACGCGGCAAUGACGGCACAUUGGAAAGCAAUAGGCGCCGUCGGGCCUAUCCCACUUGCGAACAAGGACAACGCCGCAGCUGUUCGCAAGGUCCUCCAGCCAGAAAAGGGUGACGCACCAGUGACAGACGACGAUAUCAAGAAACUCGAAGAUAUUGCAUUUGGCGGGGCAAAGUUAACGGCACCUCGCGGGGGUGAUGCUCACGAGCUAUUUCUGGAGUUUGCACUGAACGAGGAACGUCUCAGGCGCUUCCCGCAGACGAACAACACGCGAUUCAGGAGCCACGGAGAGGCAGCCGUCGAGCUGAUAACCCACCUUGAUGUAUAUCGACGCUUCAUGGAGGUUAUCCGCAUCCGAAAGGUCAACCAGACCUACACCAAUAUCGAGAAAAAUGUCAAUGCUGGCCUGCACGACAAGCCAACACUCACCGAGCCUCGCGGUUCUGGCGAUUUACCAUAUCUUGAUCACCACACCGUACAUGCGAUUCGUCCAUCAAGAUGGUGA